AUGGCCUCCCGCUUGGCGAGAAGUGCUCUCGGGGCUGCCCGUCUCCGACCUAGCAUCGCUCCCCGCGCUCUGCCCGCCCUCUCGACCGCCAUCGCGGCGCGCAACAGCUCCGGUGUCCCCGCCCAGGACCCCAAGUCCAAGGCCCAGUCCCUCAUCGAUGCGCUUCCCGGCAGCAACCUCCUCUCCAAGUCGGCCAUCCUCUCGUCCUUCACCGGCCUCUCGAUCUAUGCCCUGAGCAACGAGUACUAUGUCGUCAACGAGGAGACCGUCGUCGCCUUCUGCCUUCUCAGCGUCUGGGCUGCCCUGAUCAAGUUCGGCGGUCCCGCUUACAAGGAGUGGGCUGAGGGUCAGAACAGGAAGAUCCUCGAUAUCCUCAACUCGGCCCGCGCCGACCACACCCAGGCCGUCAAGACCCGCAUCGAGGACGUCCAGCAGAUGUCCGGCGUCAUUGACGUCACGAAGAGCCUCUUCGCCGUCUCCAAGGAGACUGCCAAGCUCGAGGCUGAGGCUUAUGAGCUCGAGCAGCGCACUGCCCUUGCCGCUGAGGCCAAGACUGUUCUCGACUCGUGGGUGCGUUACGAGAGCCAGGUCAAGCAGCGCCAGCAGAAGGAGCUUGCUGCCACCAUCAUCGCCAAGGUCCAGAAGGAGCUUGAGAAUCCCAAGACCCUCCAGCAGAUUCUCCAGCAGAGCGUUGCCGAUGUUGAGAAGAUCGUUUCCGCCAAGCAAUAA